CUACAAACUAACGGGCGAGCUAAUCGAGGAGGAGCAGCAGUUGUCCGCAGCGGUGACGAUUGGGGGAGGCACAUACAAGGCCACGAUCGACACCGGGGCAACAGCGAGCUUUCUAAGCAAGGAACUGGCGACAAGUUAGGUUGGUGCGGCGGGAUCGAUGAACAGCUGGAGAUGGAAAUCGCAUUCGGGAACAGUCGACUGACCAUGAGCCUGCUGAUACUACCAGGGGUAGUGGAUUCAUUGGUGUUAGGAUGUAACUUUCUUACUCAAGUCGGAACCGAGAUAAGGUGUGCUGGACACGAGGUGAUAAUACCGGCCAGGAAUCGACACAAUGGGUGGCUCGAGGAGAGGCUAUCCAGUUUUAAAACCAUGACAGGAACGUCGAACAUGGCAGAGCAUCAAAUAACGAUGAAGGACGACAAACCAAUAAAGCUGCGAUACUACCCCAAGAACCCGAAAGUUCAAGGGGAGAUCAAUGCGAGGGUGGACGAGCUACUCCAAAUGGGAUGCAUAGAGCACUCAACCAGCCCAUACAGCUCUCCCAUCGUGAUGGUUAGGAAGAAGACGGGCAAGUGGAGACUGUGCGUCGACGUCAGGCAGAUCAACGCCAAAUUGAUAAGGGAGAGGACCAUUCACGUGAGCGAGCUGAAACAACGACAAUCCCAGGACACAAGCGAGCAGCUAAAAGCACAUACGUAA